GGGGCCGGAAGUCAAGUCGGAGAGGGAGGUGACUCUGCUUCCGUUUCUGGUUUUGCUACAGUGUUUAGGUUUUCUUAGCGGCUGUCCAAGAUGAACCGAUUCUUCGGGAAAGCGAAACCCAAGGCUCCGCCGCCCAGCUUGACUGACUGCAUUGGCACGGUGGACAGCAGAGCAGAAUCCAUUGACAAGAAGAUUUCUCGGCUGGAUGCUGAACUAGUGAAGUAUAAGGAUCAGAUCAAGAAGAUGAGGGAGGGACCUGCAAAGAAUAUGGUCAAGCAGAAAGCCUUGCGGGUUUUAAAGCAAAAGCGGAUGUACGAGCAACAGCGGGACAAUCUCGCCCAACAGUCAUUUAAUAUGGAGCAGGCCAACUACACCAUCCAGUCAUUGAAGGACACCAAGACCACGGUUGAUGCUAUGAAAUUGGGAGUAAAGGAAAUGAAGAAAGCAUACAAGCAAGUGAAAAUUGACCAGAUUGAGGAUCUACAAGACCAGCUAGAGGAUAUGAUGGAAGAUGCAAAUGAAAUCCAAGAAGCACUGAGUCGUAGUUACGGCACCCCAGAAUUAGAUGAAGAUGACCUCGAAGCAGAGUUGGAUGCACUGGGCGAUGAGCUUCUGGCUGAUGAAGACAGUUCUUAUUUGGAUGAAGCAGCAGCUGCGCCCGCAAUUCCAGAAGGUGUUCCCACUGACACGAAGAACAAGGAUGGAGUCCUGGUGGAUGAAUUUGGAUUGCCACAGAUCCCUGCUUCGUAGACUUUCAUCAUUCAAGUAUAUCGUGUAAAAUAAAUGCGUAUUCUGGGACUGGGGAAUAUUUAUCUUUCCAAGUUUGCCAUAACAGAUUUAGGUUUCUUUCCUUUCCUUGGAGGAAAAGUUAAUUAUUUUGCUUUUUUUUUUUUCCUAUAAGAGACUCAUUGCUUGGAGGAGGCUUUCUUGAUACUAAAUUUUUAUUCCUUUUCUGUUAUGAAAGACUAACUUAAAAUUAUCAUUGGAUAUGUCCAUCUUAAUUCCUUAAUAAUAAUAAUUUUGAAAUAAAACCAAGGAAAUGGAAAUCUUUUAAGUUCUGUGACAGCAUAUCUCCACAAUCUCAAACUGACCUGAUAAAUCGAUGGCAAAGAUGAGAAUGGUGGGACUGUCCAUAUUAUGAUUCAAAACCGUUUUCUCUUGUGGUGUUAUAGGUUGGUUAUAGUGAUGGCCUUUUUAGGUGAGUUUUGUUCUGUCUUGUGAGUAUAUCAUUACUGUGUCCAGUAUUGGAAUGGAAUUAUCACUACUGUACCAUGGGUGGAUAUUUUGAUUCUGUGGUUUGUUCAGUAUUACAGCUGACUGGUAAUCAAUAAUGAAUAUUUCUUGAUAUUUAAUGUAUAGGACAUUUAUUUAUACUCAAUAAAUA